AUGAGCUAUACACCGAAAGAUAUUUCGGUUCUUGUCACCGACUUUUUAAAGCGCUCCUUAGAGCAAAAUGAAAUUCCUGAAGAUAACAAGGAGUCAAUCGAAUUUGCAAUUGAAAGUAUAAACGACGCUUUCAAUUUAGAUUCAGAGUUGAUUGAACGGGUGCUCACUAAAACUUUUAAGCACCAGUCCCUUGAGAAAUUGAUUGGGAAUGUCAAAGAUGCAGGCGAAUUUUCUAAUUCUGAGGCAGUCCCAGUGCACGUGAGCCAAGCAGAGACCGAGACCAAAGAUCGGGCCGAAGCACUGAAGUUAGAGGGCAACAGAGCCAUGGCAAAGAGAGAGUUUGAACAGGCGAUCGAAAAGUAUUCGGCUGCACUAGAGCUAGCUCCUGCCAAUGCAGUGUACCUUUCCAACCGCGCAGCUGCCUAUUCCUCCAUAGGUAAACAUGACCAGGCUCUCGUCGAUGCUCAGAAGGCAACGGAAUCCGAACCAUCUUAUGCCAAAGCUUGGUCUCGAAUGGGACUUGCUAAGUAUGCACUUGGUGAUGUAGAAGGUUCUAUGAAUGCUUAUGAUCAGGGGUUGAAAGUUGAAGGUAAUUCACCUAGUGACGCGAUGAAGAAAGGUUACGAGACGGCCAAGAGAAAGUACACCGAGCAACUGGCCGAUUCACUUGGAACCACUGAGACAGAAGAGACCCCAGGCUCUACCACCCGUGGAUCAGAUAUACCUGAUCUUGCAAGUCUUGCAAAUAUGUUUGGUGGAUCGAGUGGAUCAGAUCAAGGUGCCUCUGGUGGAGCAGGUGGUCUUGGUGGGUUAGCAGGACUUAUGAACAAUCCUCAGGUCAUGCAGGCCGCUCAAAGGAUGAUGCAGAACCCUGAGGCAAUGAAUGGAUUAUUGAAUAACCCGCAGCUCAGGCAAAUGGCUCAAAAUUUUGGACUAGGGAACGAUUCAAACCUUGAAGAUCUGAUGAACAAUCCAAUGUUACAAAAUCUGGCAAACCAGUUUCGGGGAGGCCCUAAUCCGCAAUAA